ACCACCGCUACUACUAUAAAUGGCCCCCGGAGCCUUAUCACGAGGAUAGAUAUGGGUCUCGAAAUGGAUUAAGCUGGCUCGUGGUUCCCCGAAUUGACCUACCGCUACCCGCAGCCGGUUACUCAUUAUGUAGUGAGUGGGUAAAGACCAUAUACGCUAAUUGAUAGCCGGGGCUAAUAAGAUACCGUACCGGACUUCCCUCCCCGUUAUCUUACCUUCCUAUAAUAUUCUCCCUUUCCCUUCCUGUCUCUUCUUCUCCCUCUUCUCCCCUUUCCUUCCCUUCUCUCGUUCAACCCGUCCAUCCGUCGGUUUCCGUUUCUGCCCGUGCUCAAACUUUCUACCCAUCUCUGCCAUCUUUCUUUGUUCCUACCCUUCGAUAUUGCAAUUGUCAUUGUUAUAUAGUGUCUUAGAGCCACCCUCUUGCACUUUAACUGUCCCUUGCGUUCCAGUUUAUUACACUACGGUAUCACCCUUGUCUUAUCGAUAAGAACCAUCACAUUCUAGCCGAACAAAAAGGAAGGGAAAAAGAAAGGAGAAAAAAGAAAAAAAGCGUGACUAUCGAUCAAGCCAUACGAGAGCACGUGAUACCUCCCCCACCAAGCUAUCAGGAUAUGGGUGUUCACGCCGUCACCAAUAUCUCCACUGUUGAACUCCCGAAUGCACUUACCUGCGCGGGAGUCCCGGCCAGGAGGUUGAAGAGUGGGGCUUUUAAUGGAGGGGUUGCGGCGGCGACUAGUUCGGAGUUUUUUAAAUCCAAGGUGCGUCCCUCUUGCUCGGGUUCGGGGAAGAGGCUGACCGGGGAGCGGUGGUAGUCGUUGUGCAAGCCUUUGGCAAAGAAGUGGGAUCGUGAGUCCUUGUUGGGGGGUAAGGGGGUGGAAGGUAGGGUAGGAGGCUAAUUGGGGCUCGGGGGAGGUAUAAUAGAUCGUCUGAGUAAAGAAAGCAAAUCCCGUAAAGCUUCUAGCUUGAAAGGUGCCGCCAAGUAUCUCGCGAAGCCAGGUAUUCCACCCUCUCCUCCGUCCCGUCUUCCUGGCCACCCGCCCCGGGGCAGAAUGGCAGCUGUGACUCACAUCGUCAUAAUGUGGUCAUAGGGCUUAUAUCUCUUGGUGGAGGUCUUCCAUCGAGUGACUACUUCCCGUUCGAACAUAUUGAGAUUCGAGUUCCUACCGUCGGCCAAUUCUCGGAAGAGGAGACCAAGAUUAAUGGGCAGAAUGUCAAGAUUGGCAAACACGAUGUACCGGAGGGGAGGUCCGCUUUCGAUCUUGCGAUCGCGCUUAACUAUGGGCAGGGAACGGGCUCCGCCCAGAUGUUGAGGUUCGUUACGGAGCAUACGGAGGUGAGGGCCCUCUUUGUGUUCCUUUUCGUGGUGUCGUGUGGGGCUGACGGAUAGAGUAUGAUGGGACGGGUAGAUUGUCCAUAACCCGCCAUAUCAGGACUGGCAAUGUAUUAUCGAUGUGGGGAGUACCAAUGGAUUGGACACGCUGUAUCGCAUGUUCUGUGAGCGUGGUGACUAUGUGAUUUCGGAGGAGUACACUUUUGCUACGGCCGUUGAGACCGCUGCACCGCUGGGUGUUAAGUUUCUCGGUGUCAAGAUUGAUGAUGAAGGACUUAUCCCGGAGGAUCUCGACCAGCUGCUGGAGAAUUGGGACGAGAAGGCCCGCUGUGGGCGAAAGCCAUUCCUAUUGUACACCGUCCCGUCAGGCCAGAAUCCCACGGGCUCAACCCAAGGCAGAGCGCGCCGCCAGGAAAUCUACAAGGUCGCUCAAAAGCACGACCUGCUUAUCAUCGAAGAUGAGCCCUACUAUUUCUUACAGAUGCAGCCCUAUAUGGGCCCCAAUGCACCCCCGGCUCCGCUCCCGGCAACCCACGAGGAAUUCCUCAAUUCACUUGUCCCCUCACUCCUGAGAAUGGACGUAGACGGCCGUGUGAUCCGCAUGGACUCCUUCUCGAAGGUGAUAUCCCCAGGAGCCAGGAUCGGUUGGAUAACGGCCACAUCUCAAAUCUGCGAGCGUUUCACCCGCAACUGUGAGGUCUCAACGCAGAAUCCCUCGGGCUUCUCACAGGUCAUCCUCCACCGCCUGUUAGACGAGCAUUGGGGCCACACAGGCUAUCUCGACUGGCUAAUAUUCAUUCGUAAGGAGUACACCCAACGCCGAGACAUUAUCCUCCAAGCCUGCGAGAAGUACCUGCCCAAGGAACUCGCGAGCUGGACCCCACCGGCAGCUGGAAUGUUCCACUGGAUCAAGAUUGCAGUGGAGAAGCAUCCGGAUUUUGGGAAAAGGGAGGUUGUCGAUAUUGAGGACGAUAUCUUCCAGGCUAGCAUUAGCGAAUGCGUCCUCCUGUCUCCGGGUAGCUGGUUCGUUGCGGAAAGGGGCGCGAGGCAUACCGGGCUGUUUUUCAGGGCCACUUUUGCGGCUGCGGCGGUUUGUUGACCAUUGGAUUUUUACAUAUACGUGAUAGCGGGGGGGAGUGUUUUUGCUAAUAUUGAUGGUUAUUAGGGACCGGACAUGACCGAGGCGAUCCGUAGGUUCUCAAUCGCGCUCAAGAAGGUGUUUGAAUGGGAGCAGAGUGAACAGACGAGUGUAUGAGCACGGUCGAGUGCCUGGCAGCACAGCAGUGACAUGCAUACCUAGGCCGCUAUCCUUUAGGGUAUCCAAAAAAAAAUUUGGAGAUGGGGAGUGUAAAUAUUUGUAUCAUACCUUGACUUUUGUGGUUUUGGCA